AUGAGUGCCGCCGUGCCGCCGGCGAUGGACCCCGCGGCGGCGGGGGAGAUGGCGCGGGAGGCCGCCGCGUGGUGCGCGCUGCACGGCCUCGUCGUCGGGGACCGCGCCGACCCGAGAUCAGCAACAGUCCCUGGUGUUGGUUUGGUUCAUGCUCCAUUCUCCCUGCUCCCAGCACAUCUUCCAGAGUCAUUUUGGAGGCAGGCGUGCGAGCUCGCUCCCAUUUUUAACGAGCUUGUGGACCGGGUUAGCAUGGAUGGGAAUUUCUUGCAGGAUGCUUUGUCCAAAACAAGGCAGGUUGAUGAUUUCACAUCUAGGCUCUUAGAAAUUCACAGGAAAAUGAUGGAAAUAAAUAAGGAAGAGAAUAUUCGCUUAGGGUUGCACCGAUCAGAUUAUAUGCUGGAUUCAGAAACAAGUUCUCUUCUUCAAAUUGAGCUCAACACCAUUUCAGCAUCAUUUCCUGGGCUUGGUUCCUUAGUGAUCUUCACAGGUCUGGAGCACAAGAGGGUUCCUGCAAAUGCGGCUAACACUCAAUUUGCUGAAGCAUUGGCCCAAGCAUGGGCUGAGUUUAAUAUUGACAGUGCUGUAAUUAUGAUGAUUGUUCAGCCAGAAGAGAGAAAUAUAGGUGGCCAGAAAGUUGCUGUUGUGUACUAUAGAGCUGGCUAUACACCAAAUGAUUAUCCCUCAGAAGCAGAAUGGAGUGCAAGACUUAUGAUGGAACAAUCAUCUGCUGUAAAGUGUCCUUCAAUAUCGUAUCAUUUAGUGGGAACCAAAAAGAUUCAACAAGAACUAGCAAAGCCUAGUGUGCUUGAAAGGUUCCUUGAGAGUAAGGAGGAAAUUGACAAGGUUCGCAAAUGUUUUGCUGGGCUAUGGAGUUUGGAUGAUGAAGAGAUUAUAAAAACUACAGUGGAAAAACCUGAGUUGUUCGUGUUGAAGCCUCAACGUGAAGGCGGAGGAAACAACAUCUACGGUCUUGAUUUGAGGGAAACACUUGUCAGACUCCAGAAGGAAGGAGGGGAUGCACUUGCUGCCUACAUACUGAUGCAAAGAAUCUUUCCAAAAGCUUCUCUUGCUUAUCUGGUUCGUGGUGGUGUUUGCCACGAGGGUCUUGCAAUUUCUGAGCUUGGAAUAUAUGGAGCUUAUCUGCGGUACAAAGAUAAAGUGGUCAUCAAUGAACAAUGUGGUUACUUGAUGCGAACGAAAGUUUCUUCAUCAGAUGAAGGUGGAGUAGCUGCAGGGUUUGCUGUUUUGGAUAGCUUAUACCUGACUGGCAAGGUCAAAACAAAUGAGAUUUCAGAAAGGCUGUUUCACCCAAAUUACAUUCUGUGUUUUGUUAACCAGAUGCUUAAUAUGUAUUUUACUCGAACUGUCUUCCUGACAUGUAAUCAGCAAAAGAGUUUUCCUGUUAGGAAUUAG